UAUCUCAUUAGUAUUCACACACACAAGCCGUUUCGUCUGAUUUUAGGGGCAACUCCUGUCCAUAUAAAUCCACUACGGAAAGGGUGUUCUGAUUUAGGGUUAGGGUUUUCCAGAUCUUUUAGCCAGCCUCUGAGAAUUCUUCCCCUUCACAACCCCAUCAUCGAAUCCAUGGAUCCUGCUACCAAGAAGCGGAAGGCUGACGAGAAUGGCGACGCUGGUUCUGGUCUGAAGUUAUCAACGGAGGACGCUCGUAAGAUCAUUGAACCUUUCACUCAAGAACAACUUCUUGACAUCCUUCAAGAUGCCGCUUCCCGUCACUUAGAUGUUCUAGAUGCCGUCCGUGCCAUUGCCGAUCGUGACCCUACGCAGCGCAAGCUCUUCAUCCGCGGUCUUGGUUGGGAUACAACCACAGAAGGCCUUCGCAAUCUGUUCUCACAAUAUGGUGAACUUGAAGAAGCCGUAGUCAUCCUCGACAAGGUUACGGGGAAGAGCAAAGGUUAUGGCUUUGUCACUUUUAAGCACAUCGAUGGUGCUAUGCUCUCUUUGAAGGAGCCCAGUAAGAAGAUCGACGGUCGGAUGACUGUCACUCAGCUUGCCGCCCCAGGGACUUCGGGCCCGACUGCAAAUCAGCCCCCGGCGGUUGAUGUGUCAAUGAGGAAGAUUUAUGUUGGCAAUGUUCCUCCAGAUAUGCCGGCGGAUCGCUUGCUUGUUCACUUCUCGUCUUAUGGUGAGAUAGAGGAGGGGCCAUUAGGUUUCGAUAAGCAGACUGGAAAGUCAAGAGGGUUUGCCUUAUUCGUCUACAAAACUGCUGAGGCCGCAAAGGCUUCUCUCGUUGAUGCCACAAAGAACAUUGAUGGGCAUCAGUUGGUCUGCAAAUUGGCGAUUGACGGAAAGAAGGCGAAGCCGGGCCAACCCGGAGUUGGUGCUGGAGGAGUUCAGGCCCCCACUGGUGUACCGGGAGAAAUCGCCAGCGAUGGCCUUGGCUUGCCACCACCGUCUUCCAUGCCGAACACUCUUGCUUCUCAGUAUGGUGGUCAUCCUUCUGGGUUGUCUGCCUAUGGCGGUUUCUCCGGUGCUCACCAGGGCCCACCACCAUUGGGUGGCCAUCAUCACCACAGUCUGAACUCGUCAUUGCAGUCGUCAAUUGGCGCUCCUGGGCUGUCUGUUGGGAGUCAAGUUCCAUCUUCGUUGGGUGCCACAGGUGGCUAUGGUGCGGGCUUGAGUAGUGGUCCAUAUGGCACUUCACAGUAUGGUGGGCCUACUUCAGGCGGUUAUGGCGGUUUGGGUGGUGGCGGAUCAUCUUUGUAUCGUUUGCCGCCAACUUCGGUUGGACUUCCUUCUGGGAAUUAUCCAGAGAGUGGGCACUAUGGGUUGACUUCAUCUGCGUAUCCAAGUCAGCAUAACCAGCCUACAGGGACAUCCCCGCUGCCUAGGAUACCACCUGGGGGGAUGUAUCAGAGCAUGCCUCCUUAUUACUGAGGUAUGUAUGGGUCGUCAUACAGAUUGGAUCUGUCAUGGAGACUUCAAUUCUAAUCCAUCCUGGCAAGAAAAUGAGGGUGGCAAGGCAAUCGUCCUACACCACGUGAUAUUUUGCCUUUCUGCAAUAUGAUUUAUUCCUGUGAGCUAAUGGAUCUUCCAUCCCAUGGUCCUGUCUUCACGUGGGACAACAAGAGGCGAGGCACUUCCAAUAUCCGAAUCAAACUUGACCGAGCAUUAUGUAACCAGGCAUGGCGGUCUACGUUUCCCAAUGCAGCAGUUAUGGUGCAUCCUACUUUGAACUCAGACCAUUGCCCCUUGUAAUUAAUUCGGAUGGAGGUAAGUUCACAUGUCAUCCGUCAUUUCGCUUCGAGCCUUUGUGGUUUAGGCACCUCGACUGCAAGCAAAACAGCACUCUCCGCUUGGACCCUUCCAGUUGUUAAUGAGAGUACUCAAGUUCUGUACCAAAAAAUGUUGAAAUGCAAACCUGUAUUUAGGCAGUGGAACAAGGAGGUCUUUGGGCAUGUUCAAACUAAAAUUUCGGCAUUGCAAAAGGAGCUUGAGGAGAUUCAAGGACGACCGAUCACAGAGGAGAACCAAGUCCAAGAAACUACUAUUUCUGUCCAGCUUAAUGAAGAGAUGGAGAGGGAGGAGGAGAUGUGGCGUCAAAAAUCAUGGAUUUCCUGGCUACAACGAUGCUACAGGAAUACAAUUUUUUUCCAAAUGUCCACGGUGCAACGGAGGGGAAGGAAUCUUAUUCUGUGACUAUAGGAGGCUGAUGGUCUGUGGACGGAAUCAGAGGAAGAGAUUUACAGGCUGAUGCAAGAAUAUUAUGAGGCAUUUUUCAAUCUGAGGCCUGACCAAGAAGCACUGUAGCAAGUACUAGAUGUUAUUCACCCCAAGAUAACUGAGGAAAUGAAUGUGAAAUAUUGUGCAAUUCCUUCACUUGAGGAGAUGCACGCAACCCCGGUCUAUCUCUGACAACGUAUUCCUAUCUCAUGAAGUGUUCCACUACAUCAACCACAAGAAAAAAGGCAAGCAAAAAUUUCUCACGGUAAAGUUGGAUAUGCAGAAGGCGUAUGAUAGGAUUGAGUGGGAGUUUUUUAAGAUUUUACGGCGCUUUGGUUUCUCCUCCCAUUGGGUAACUAUGGUGAUGUCCUCGUUGCAAUCUGUUUCAUAUAAGUUGAUCAUUAACGGAGCUGUCUGUAGCCUGUUACCCCUUCUUGAGGAAUCAGACAGGGUGACCCAUUGUCUCCAGGCCUUUUUAUUUUGUGUUCCCAAGCACUUAGUAGUGUUAUUUCAAGCUUUGAGGAUGCCAAUUUGAUUA